AUGCCGCGCAUUUAUAAACAUGAACCUGGCAAGCGCAAUAAAUGGUAUGACGAAAAUGUUCUUAAGCAAGCGGUAGAAGAUUAUUUAAUGAAAACUGGAGAAUAUAUCAUCCAAUACAUAAACGUUUGUGCAGAAUGGGGAUAUCCUCUGAACUCACUAGACUUUAGAUAUAUUGUUAAAAUACAUAAAGAUAAAAUUUCUCAACGAAUAUGCCAAAAUAUUAAGAGGUCUCGAGCUGCCGUGUCAGCAGAAAUCAUAACGAAAUAUUUUGAAGAACUACAAAUAUCUUUGGCCGAUGUUCCAGCGGCAAAUAUCGUCAAUUAUGACGAGACAAAUCUCGCUGACGAUCCAGGGCGCAGAAAACUUAUUACGAAACGCAGCACUAAGUAUCCAGAACGCGUCAUGAACCACACAAAGGCCAGUGUUUCCUUAAUGAUAGCUGGUUCAGCAGAGGGCCAGAUUUUACCACCAUGCGUGGUAUACAAAGAACAAAAUUUAUGUAACACAUGGAUUUCUCACGGGCCUGAAGGUGCAUGGUAUAAUCGUUCGGCAUCAGGAUGGUUCUAUGGUACAAUUUUUGAAGAUUGGGUGCAAUCCAUAGUCAUUUCCUUCUUCGCUGAUAAGCCGGAUAAUUUAUUUUCACAUUUGUCGGUUGAUAUGAUAAAACUUUGCAAAGAACAGCAAAUUGAUUUUGUAUUUUUACCAAACGCUACAAAAGUGCUAUCUCCAAUACCAACACAAUCGAACAAUAGCAGUAGACAUAGGGAAGCAGUGGAUGAGUCUGCACUAACUUUAUUAAAUGACAUGCGAUAUACUAUGGGCGUAAAAGAAUUAAAAAGAAAGUGGAAACUCGACGUGGUGGCAGGAAAGAGUGUUAGCGAGUCUACUGAGGAUUAUGUAGACUUCGAAGUAACACCAGGUCCGCAUGACUUGGAAUGUGGAGGAAAACUAACUAUUGAAAACUACCCACUAAGAGAUUUAUUAAUAAUAAACCCUACAGCAGCAGGUGAAAAUAUAGAAACCGGUCUAAACAACGUCAGUCAGUCUGAUCAUGCUGGUGAAUCAAACUGUCGAUUCCACGAAGAAGAAUAUUCUGUAGCAGAAGUUGUAACUGAAACUUUACCGAAGACGAAAAAAGAAAAAUAA